GCUGCGCGCCCCUGGAUUCCGGAAGCGGAGCCGAACCGGGCGUCUGGCUGGGUGCUCGGCCGCGAUGAGCUCGGCUGCGGGGCUCCGCGGGGCUCGCCUUGCAGGUGGGAAGCAAAAUAUGACAGAAACAGAUGCCUUCUAUAAAAGGGAAGUGUUUGAUCCGGAAGAAGAGUACAAAAUGGACCACAGGCGGAGAGGAAUUGCUUUAAUCUUCAAUCACGAGAGGUUCUUCUGGCACUUAAUGCUGCCAGAGAGGCGGGGCACUAAUGCAGACCGAGACAGUCUUGCACGCAGGUUUUCAGAUCUAGGAUUCGAAGUGAAAUGCUUUAACGAUCUUAAAGCAGAAGAACUACUACUCAAAAUUCAUGAGGUGUCAACCUAUAGUCACAUAGAUGCUGAUUGCUUCCUGUGUGUCUUCCUGAGCCAUGGUGAAGGCAAUCACAUUUAUGCUUAUGAUGCCAAGAUUGAAAUCCAGACAUUAACCGGCUUGUUCAAAGGAGACAAAUGUCAAAGCCUGGUUGGGAAACCCAAGAUAUUUAUCAUUCAGGCCUGCCGGGGAAGCAAGCACGACGUGCCAGUCAUCCCACUGGACGUGGUGGAUCACAAGACGGGCAGGCAGGACGCCAACGUGACGGAGGUGGACGCAGCCUCGGUCUACACGCUGCCUGCCGGAGCGGACUUCCUCAUGUGUUACUCUGUGGCCGAAGGAUAUUAUUCUCACCGAGAAACCGUGAAUGGCUCAUGGUACAUUCAAGAUUUGUGUGAGAUGUUGGGAAAAUACGGCUCCUCCUUAGAAUUCACAGAACUCCUCACACUGGUGAACAGGAAAGUUUCUCAGCGCCGAGUGGACUUUUGCAAAGACCCCAGUGCAAUCGGAAAGAAACAGGUUCCCUGCUUUGCGUCAAUGCUAACUAAAAAGCUGCAUUUCUUUCCAAAAGCUAACAAAUAGGGAAUAUUUUGUCUUAUGAUGUGUUCAAAAUGUUUCCUUUCUUGGAUAUAUGUCACCAGCAAUUUAAAAUGUUUUAAGGUUUAAUGUUCAACAGAAAACUAUUUUUAUUUAAAGAGCCCAUGGUGGACAUGGUAUAAGGCUUUGAUAAGCAUUUGGAAUAUUUAAUCUUUUUAGUAAACUUCAAUGUUACCCAAACCGUGUUUUUAAAACCUGAGAAUCGGAUCAUUGUUAUUCCCUGAUAAAAAAAAUUUGAAAUUCAUAUUUUUAAAUUUUUGUAAUUCCCAUUCUCAUUUCUGUAAUUUGUAGAAUUGUUUUACUUGGUCAUAAUAGCUGAUUAUCACAUUUUGUAUAUGACUUUAACUGCCACUUAAAAAUAAACAGCCUUUAAUGAA